CGUCUUCGACCAGUCGGCACCGAGCGCCGCCAGGGUGUGGCGGGGCUCCGUUGUGGGGAGGAGGCGUUGGGGGGGGGAGCCGAGGGGAAUUUGGUAAUGGCGACGGGUUUGUCAGAUACUUUGGAGCAUCCUAACAUGGUGUGGGAAGUGAAGACAAAUCAAAUGCCUAAUGCAGUUCAGAAACUCCUUCUGGUAGUGGACAAGAGAACUUCAGGGAUGAAUGAGUCACUGGAGUUGCUGAAGUGUAAUGAAAACUUGCCCUCUUCUCCUGGAUAUGCAUCCGGUGAUGAACACAUGGAACUUGAUGAUCUUCCUGAACUACAGGCUGUGCAGACGGAUUCUACCCCACCUGCACUUUUUCAGCUGGGUGCUGAUGUUUCUCAUCAGGAAUGUUCAAGGCCUUCAUGGAACCAACAUACCUCAAACAGCAAUUCAGAAAGUGCUUAUUCUUGUGAGAAUGGGGUGAACUGGUUGACAGAAUUAGCAAAUAUUGCCACAAGUCCUCAGAGUCCUUUGAUGCAGUGCUCUUUUUAUAACAGAUCAUCUCCUGUUCACAUAAUAGCUACAAGCAAAAGUUUACAUUCCUAUGCACGUCCUCCACCAGGAUCCUCAAAGAAUGAUCCUAACUUCUCCAAGAAUGAUGUGGAUGAAACACCAGUCAGGCAUGAAAGGGCAAAUAGUGAAUCAGAAUCUGGCAUUUUCUGCAUGUCAUCACUUUCAGAUGAUGAUGAUUUAGGAUGGUGCCAUUCCUGGCCCUCAACUGUUUGGCAUUGUUUUCUAAAAGGCUCUCGUUUGUGCUUUCAUAAAGGACGCAAUAAAGAAUGGCAGGAUGUUGAAGAUUUUGCAAGAUCUGAAAGCUGUGGAAAAGAGGAAAAUCUCCCAGUGAGUCCUUACAAGGGCUAUGGUUCUGAUGGUUUGAAGUUGAUUUCUCAUGAAGAAAGCAUUUCCUUUGGUGAGUCAGUGCUGAAGCUGACUUUUGAUCCUGGCACAGUGGAAGAUGGCUUGCUUACAGUAGAAUGCAGACUUGAUCAUCCUUUUUAUGUUAAAAAUAAAGGUUGGUCAUCUUUUUAUCCAAGCUUGACUGUGGUACAGCAUGGCAUUCCAUGCUGUGAAAUGCAUCUUGGAGAUCUGUGUCUACCUCCUGGACACCCUGAUGCCAUUAACUUUGAUGAUUCAGGUGUUUUUGAUACAUUUAAAAGUUAUGAUUUUACACCAAUGGAUUCCUCUGCAGUUUAUGUGCUAAGCAGCAUGGCUCGGCAGCGUCGCGCUUCUCUAUCUUGUGGAGGUUCAAACAAUCAAGAUGCUGAGAGAUCAGAAUGCAGUAGUAAAAACUGUGCGUCUACUGCAUCGCCACAUCUUUCCUCCAAUUCUUUGUACAGCAAAGCUGGCAGAAGCCACAGCUCAGGGACUGCAAGUACUGUGAGUGCCACUUCUCCAAACAAGUGCAAAAGACCAAUGAAUGCCUUCAUGCUUUUUGCCAAAAAAUACAGAGUUGAAUAUACUCAGAUGUAUCCAGGGAAAGACAACAGAGCCAUAAGUGUGAUACUCGGUGACAGGUGGAAGAAAAUGAAAAAUGAAGAAAGGCGGAUGUACACACUAGAAGCCAAGGCCUUGGCAGAAGAACAGAAGCGUUUAAAUCCUGACUGUUGGAAACGAAAACGAACAAAUUCUGGCUCACAACAGCAUUAAGCCAGAUUUUCCUGUUAACUCUGUAUUUACAAAAUGGCUGUUGCUUGAUGGCAAGAAGAUGCAAGGUCUUACUAUUUGUUGUGACUUUGUGUGACCAUAAAAUACUGGCACCAUCAAGUUGGAAGUGAUCUAAUAUGAGUGCAGAUUUGCUUUUUACAAUAGAAAAGUAAGCUAAAACUAUCAACAUUUUAAACCAAAUUGCCUUAUUUUUCUUCCAAACUUCAUAUAUGUAUCAGGUAAUAUAGGCUUGAAAAUGGAUACCCUGUGGUGCUAAAGUACUUUAGAAAGAGGCGAAGGAGAUGUGUAUAAAUGUUUAUUUUUAAAAGAAAAUGUACAAAAAGGGGAAUUUUAAAAAAUGUAACAGCUGUUUAUAUACAUUGAUUCUUAUUGCUGAUUAAUAUGUAUUGCACAACCAUAUUAUUAAUUACGAUUCUGGGGCCUGGGAUUUUCUGAAAUGGCAAAAUGUAUUACCAGCCUAUAGCUUCCCAGCCUGCCCGGAUGCCAACAAGUUUCCGAACAUGUGGUAAACGGAGAGCAUAGUGUAAUGUAGCAUGGGAGCUGCUUCUUGGGUUGCCACGUAUAAAAUUUGUAUCCACAAGUGAGAUAUUUUUGCACCAGCUGGCACUAGUGAGAGCUGUUAUUUCCGGUGGAAACAAUGGCCCAGGACAGGAUGAAACGAAUAAAUAGCGCUAUCUCAAGAAAAAUGGUGCUGUUGAUAUCGUCACCAUCAUAGCUUUAACUCUUGUUUUGUCUUUGCCACAUAUUCUACAAUAUUUUAUUUUGCCAUAAGACAUCUUUAUGGUGGGGGCAAACUUUGCACUUAACUAUACGUGCAACACUUGCACUUUACUUCUUUUUUUUUCCUCCAACUGUCUAAAAUUAGAGCAGCUGCAUUAGGAUUACACUUGCUUCUGCUGUGAACUUCUACAAUCAUGGCUUUUCAUGUACUAAACAGCUGUGUGGUUUUUUUUUAAGAAUCACAACUGUAAAUUUCAGUUUAUGACACAUGUCUACAUGAUGUUGCCCCUAAGAUUUUUGCACACUAUAUUCUUGUAUAUUAUUUCAAAUAAAUUCAUUAAAAUUU